CUGUGUGUGUGUGUGUGUGUGUGUGUGUCUAUCCCUGCCAUCACCCCAACAGAAGACAGUAGUAACAGAGAGGGAGAUAGAUAGAAUGGCACCACCGUGUUUCUCUCUCCUCCUCGUUUUCUUGCUCACACUUUCUCUCUCCUCCCAUUGCUACUCCGCCUCAUCAAAAAAAGCCGAUGAGCCAAAAGAUCUGGUCCGUUCAUCAUGCGUCCACGCCAGUUACCCUGACAUCUGCCUAAAAACCCUCUCGUCGUACGUGGGACCAGCCAAGACGCCGAGGGACCUAGCCCAGGCCGCCGUGAAGGUGAGCAUCUCCCGAACCAAGAAAGUGUCGGGCUUCCUGGCGACGCUCAGGAGCGGAAGCAAGAGAGAGAAAUCGGCGCUGAAGGACUGCGUGGACCAGAUAGCAGAUUCGGUGGACGAGCUGAGCAUGACGCUGACGGAGCUGAAGGAGCUUCGCGGGGCGGCGUUCAGGUGGCACAUGAGCAAUGCGGAGACUUGGGUGAGUGCGGCGCUGACGAAUGAGGACACUUGCCUUGAUGGGUUCAGGGACAUUGAUGGGAAGGUGAGGUCUGAUGUGAAGCAUAAGGUCACCAAUGUAGCCAGAGUCACCAGUAACGCCCUCUACCUCAUUAGUCGCCUCGAUCAGCCUCGUGGGAAACCCAUUGGGAAUCCUUGAAGAUUGGACGGUUGUGAUUUCGUUUGUUACACUAUUAUGUGAUAUAUACACGCAUGCUUGCUGCGUCUAUGUAUGUGCUGUGUUUCACUCUCUCUGUUUUUCUUCUCUUCUCUAUUUUACCCUUCUAUAUGUGUCUGUAAUAUAUUACUGUACUAUAGUACUUGUUCAUCAGCUAUAAUGAUAUACUAAAGUUUCUCUCUUUCCCUAA